CCAGGUUCUCUGUUUACGUUUUCUGCGAUCGCACGUUUUCUCGUUUCUUCUGAGAAAAGUGCAAUUUUCAGAGUGAAACUCUCGAUGAAAUUAAGAAAAAGUAUCUGAAAGUGAUUGGGCACAAUGUCGGCAAAGAAACAAAAGAGUGACACAGUGUUUUGGUAUAAAUGCGAGCAAUGCCAGGUGUUUAUAACCUCAAAGCAUACGGCUUCCCAUGCAAAAUUCUGCCCAAUUUCACCGGAAUGCAGGAACAGUAGUUUCAUUUCAUCCAGAAUCCUGUACACAAGUGAGGUGAAGUCAAUUCCAACUCCUGAGGCAGCCACAGAACUGGAUUCUUCUCAAAUAUCCAAGCUGAUCUUUGUGGGAAGUUCAGCAAUGCAAUUGUGUGGAUGGUUUUCCGGUGAUGAAAUUCUUAUUAGUGUUCCGGAGAUUCCAGAUUUCAUCGCACGCGUGAGGAGAAUCUUCCCACAAUCUGUUGAUUCCUUUGCAACCAUUAAUUUUACGGAGAAUGAAUUCAAACAGAAUUGGACAAACUAUCAGGAUAAGCAGCUAAAAAUCUCCUCUAUACCUUCUGAUAUCCUUCCUGCAGAGAAAAUUGAAUUUAUAUUAAAUGAAGAUGAGGAGAUUGGAGAAAAACACUUGACAGACUUGCUUAGGAAUCUGAAAUUUGACUUGAAAAACUGGAUAGUCUUCAAAGGAUCCCAGCAAAGUAUUAAGUUUUACGGGAGGAAUUACAAUUUCACAGUGAAAUCGAUAAAUUCUGAUGAUCUCAUUGAGAAAUUGAACAGAUUGGAUAUUAACAAGGCGGAAGAUUCACCAGAAUAUUAUCGAAUACUGCAGAGCACUCGUUUUUUCCUCAGUGAAAAGUGUAUAAAGAGAGAGAAAAAGCUCAUGGAAGAGGAAAACACCGAUCCAGUAAUUGGAGGAAUGGAUAAAUUAAUAGAAGAGGCAAAAGGACUGAUGAAUCCUGUUCUGAGAGGGAAAUCUCUUGAGCAAAAAGCCAGAGUCUGUCAUGGGAUUCUUUUUCACGGUCCUGCUGGAUGUGGAAAGACACUUUUAUGCAAUUUUCUGGCUUCUACUUCAAACGCCAAAGUAGUAACAGUGAAUCCCCACAGGAUUUUCAGCAAAUACUUGGGGGAAGCCGAAGUUACUCUCACCAGACACUUCCAAGAAGCCUACACGAACUUUCCCGAUCCAACAGUGAUUGUCAUAGAUGAUAUUCAUAUUCUGUGUCCCAAAAGUGAAUCUACAGACGCUAUAAGGCGAGUUUCUGCAGCACUUUUGAGGAUUCUCGACGAGUUGCCGUUCCGAAAGGAUGCUGGGAGGAUUUUUGUACUCGCUGCAACCACGGAUCUUGAGAAGACAAAUCCUGCUCUGCAGCGUAGUGGUCGUUUGGACUGUACAAUGGAGAUUUCUGCGCCUAGCCCCAAUGAGAGACUAGACAUCCUCAAGAAGUUCCUGCUCACUGUGCCUAACAGUCUCACUGAGGAGGAGAUCAGAAGAUUUGCCGAUGUGACUCAUGCCUUUGUGGGUGCAGAUUUGUCUGCCCUGGUGGGAAAGGCGAUGGGAAAUGCUGCGAAAAGGAGUUCAGGAGUGACGGCAAAUGAUGUGAAUUGGGCUCUCAGCACAAUCAGCCCAAGUGCCAUGAAGGAAGUGCUUGUGGAGGUGCCGAAUGUCAAAUGGGCGGACAUUUGUGGGCAACACGAACUGAAGUUGAAGCUUAAGCAAGCCAUUGAGUGGCCACUGACGAAUCCUGAAGUCUUUCCCAGAUUUGGCAUCGAUCCACCACGUGGAGUGCUGAUGUACGGCCCGCCGGGCUGCUCGAAGACUAUGAUUGCCAAGGCUCUGGCCACUGAGAGUCGUCUCAAUUUCCUCACAAUCAAGGGUCCGGACAUUUUCUCAAUGUGGGUGGGCGAGUCUGAGCGUGCUGUUCGGGAAUUGUUCAGGAAGGCGCGCAGUGUGGCUCCUUCGAUAGUGUUUUUCGACGAAAUUGACGCAAUUGGCGCUGAAAGAGGAUCAGAGUCGGGAUCUUCGGUGAAGGAGCGUGUUUUGGCGCAACUCCUCACUGAGCUAGACGGUGUGACAUCGCUGGAUAGUGUGACCAUUGUGGCAGCUACCAAUCGGCCUGACCUCAUUGAUAGGGCUCUCUUGCGUCCUGGACGUAUUGACAGGAUUGUGUUUGUUGGACUGCCUGACAAGGAAACUCGCAGGGAGAUUUUCGAGAUAAAACUGAGGAAAAUGCCCGUGGGAGAGGAUUGCAGUGUGCAGCAACUGGUGGAACUCACGGAAAAGUACUCAGGAGCAGAAAUACAGGCUGUUUGUCGUGAGGCCGGAAUCUCCGCCUUGGAAGAGUCACUGGAGGCUACGGAGAUUCAUUGGAGACAUUUCCAGCACGCUCUAGAAGCCAUACGACCCCGAACCAGUCCAGAGUUGCUUAAGAUAUACGAAGACUACGAGAGGGACUUCCAAGCGCAGCAGUGAUUGAGUGCAAAUUGAGAUCUCUUCGGUUAUUGAAUGGUAAUGUGUCAGCGACUGGAUGAUGGAGGCUCGAUAGGAGUGGGAACAGCACGUGAAAAAGAAGGAAUCGUGAGAGACAGAUGAAAUUGGAUCAAGGUGGAAGUCAUUAUGGAGGAAUCUAUCGUGCCGGGUGGUGCAUUUCUUGAUCACCUGAGCCAGAUCUGCGCUGCGCCGAGACACCACUGCUGGUGGAGGGAUCGUUGGGAAAAGGCAAUGAGUUGUGGUUUUUCUUUUUGAGAUGUCGAAGAGAAGGAAAAAAAAACGGUUGAGAGGAAGAGUGUGUGUGGAGAAAAAGGAGAUGCUUGGGGAGGAGAGAUGCCUAAAGAUGCAGAAUACAUGACUGAAGCGACAACACUGUAAUAUUGGGCUUCGUACGGAAAGAGAGAAAGAUGUGUGUGAAUCUCUUCGGUUCGGUUAAACUCUGUGCUCGAUCAUGAAUUUGGUUUAGUCGACGUUC